AUGGAAAGUGCUUACAACAGUCCCCCGUCGACACCCGGCGCCAAUACUUUCAACGGUGCUACAAAAAGCCCGUCUGACUCGGACACGAUUUUGACAUUUCAACGCAUAGACAAAGCAACACCUACGUCAUCUUCUGGGGCGAAGGCUGAUGCCACGUCUUUUCCAGUGACGGGAAGCCCUGCGGGAACCAUCGGGUUCGCCGUGCUGUUGAAGAAAUGCGGCUUCAACGCCAACGCGAACGUUGGGAUGCACGGUGUCACCAUGGCUAAGAUCAAAGAGGGGAUGAUUGCAAUUGGUCUGGCCAAGGAGUUUGACAUAUGGAGUUCUCCGUCAUCUAUGCUCCUCGACUAUGACCUUACUCUUUCGGAAUACGUGGAGCAGGUAUCGAAGCUUACGAAAAGUCCCCAGUCGGAUGUGAGAAUUUACUACGGUCUGAAAAAGGAUCACAACGCGCAGACAGUACAGGACAUCUACAAGACUGGAGAUUUUAUCAUCAGGAUCGUCCAAAUCAAGAAUGAUAAGUCGCAGGCGAUUCAAGCUCUCAGAGUGAUGAAGUCGCCUCCAGAAGAUGCACAUGAAACUGGCCAUAUCAUCGAUAUCCAGGACCUAGGCUCUCGGACACUCUGGGACUUGAGAGACGGAAUUAGCGCAAUGCAAGUCUACCAUGUUCUUGACUCACUCUGCCUCCAGUCCAGUAUCUCACCGUCAUCACUCGAUGAGUUGCAGUGGGAACUCGUCAUGAAGAACUGCCAAGUCAUGCACGGCUGGUAUAUUGAUCCGGUCAGCACUGAGAUCAAAAUGGCACCAAAACCGGCAUUCCGUCUCAAGUCAGGUUUGAAUCUUGACUACAGCCCAGAUAGCACAGUCUCCACUGCAGAGGUUGAGAUCGCCAUUCCCAAUUACGGGGUCACGGACGGUUCAAAAAUUGAUGUCGUCACUACUGAGAGCGGAAUCAAGCACUCUCUUGUUCGUAAUAGCUUUGACAAGUCUUCUAUGGAUAACAAACUCGCCCUCGGCUACUCAGGAAUCGGUAUCAACGUGGCUAGCGGAAAGUCCUUCGACUCCCAAGGUGAGCAAUCAUCAGGGAGCAAUAGGUCUGUCAAGAGCAUGAUCGGCAUAUACAAGCUUCCCCGAGCUACUUUGUUUCUUAACGCGGAUGAUCUCGUUCCGACCAAGGCAUUCACAAAUGGCAUUGAAAAGAUCAAGGAGCUAGGUGAGGAAGCGGAUGAGACAGACGUUCGCAAAUUUUACGAAAGAUUUGGGCAAUUUUUCUGCCACGAGGUCAUUCUCGGGGGAAUGUUGCUUUCGACAAAAGCUCUGGUUGGCAACGAAUCCCAGGACGAAGAAAAGAGCCGAUGUUCCUUCAAGCACGCUAUCGGGAUGUCUGUCUCCUCUCCUGUGGAAGUCAUCAUUGGGGCGGAGUCAAAGAAAGAAAUCGCAUCAGGUGCCGAUCAGAGCAUUGUUCGCAGCUAUAAAGAUAGCGAUGACAGUGUGGUGUUCGAAGCAGUUGGUGGGAAUACCAUCUUGGCUUCCAACCCACAACAAUGGUGCGCAACAGUUGGAGAUUACAACAACUGGAGAGUUAUCGGGAGACAAGAGAUGAAGUUGAUCCUCGACUCCUUCAAAGAUAGUGGAGAUCAUGAGCUCCAAGAUGUCGUCGACUUGUUCACUAAAGCAUCUCAACUUACUGUCUCGAAGUUCAUUGACAUUCCAAAGUCAGCAAAGAUCAUUGCGCAAUUUCGAUUCAAGACGAAGAGUACGAAUGCGGACAAAACACACUACCUUCGUCAUGACAUCUACAAACUCAUUGACUUUGGACUUCGAUCUGCGAGCGAGCAGAGGAUUAUGCCACAGAAAUUUCAGGGGCCGCGAGUCGAACCAUACGACCCUUCAUGGAAAGACCAAGAUGGUCUUUGGACCAUAGCUCCAGUGGUGGGAGCUGGGCUAUGUUGCCAUGGGAGUCAAGGGCGAUCGCAAUUAGUCGAUGGCUCUAGGGUCACUAUCCGCUCGGGGCGUGAUUCGCAAACCGCCUGGUAUCUCUCCGUCCUCAGAACUUCGGCGGGAAUCUUCGUUCCCUGUAUCACGACCUCGAAACACUUUGUAUGGAGAGUCCGAGAAGUUCUGCGGCCCAACACCAGGAGCACCAUUGCUAAAGAGCCGUCACCCGACAAACCGCUCAGACACGAUGCGGUCCUAUGCUUGACUUAUGACUUUGAGGACAACCCCCGAGGCUACCGAGACUUCAAAGACGAUGAUCGCGGCUUCCGGAAUGUAGAGUACCCGGACAAAGACACCACCCAGUUGGUGCUCGUUGAAUCACGUAACAGAACGGAUAUAUGGCCGGAUCGCAGAGUUCUUCUUCUUGCCGACGGGGAACCCUUUUUUACAGAAUCUACUGCCAAAGUCGCGGACUUGAAUGAUUCCGAGAUCUCUGUGAGAAUUGCAAAGUUCAACAUCGACGUCCGUGACCAAAUGGAUGACGACUAUGAUAUCUUGCAAAAAGAUGGCGAUUUCAUCACGGCGAGACACGAGGAGCAGCAGAAGAAGUUGAAGACCAGAGAUGAGGGGUCCUCGGGGUAG